GGCAGCAAUGAUGCUAUAGACAUCAUUCCAGUGGAAUGUAUAGCAGCAGCACCACUAUCUUGGCAGUGGUUCCCUGUGAUUUGGGAAGUUGUCAGAGGUGUUAUGCCAUCAAACUCUGAAGUGCUGGCUGGUGUGGUAGGAGAAAGCAGGACAGAAGAGUGGAAGAACAGCCAUUAUAUAAGAAUGUCUUCCAAACAGGCUACCUCUCCAUUUGCAUGUGCAGCUGAUGGAGAGGAAACAAUGACCCAGGACUUGGCAUCACGAGACAAGGAAGAGGGCAACAGCGAUCAGCACGCGGCCUCUCAUCUGCCUCUACACAAUGUAAUGCACAACAAACCUCACUCUGAGGAGCUACCAACUCUGGUCACGACCAUCCAACAAGAUCCUGAGUGGGAUGGAGUAAUCUCAGCCCAACACAGAAUGGAAUCAGAGAGUAAUAAGUUAUGUUCCCUAUAUUCCUUCCGAAAUACCUCUACCUCACCAAACAAGCCCGACGAAGGAGGUCGUGACCGCAGUGAGUUAAUGAGCAGUGUUAAUUUUGGAACACCGGAACGCCGCAAAGGAAGCCUGGCAGAUGUGGUGGACACACUGAAGCAGAAGAAACUAGAAGAAAUGACCAGGACUGAGCAAGAAGGUACGUGUUGGAAAAGACUGAUACAGUUUCCCUACCCCCAAACCCUAUAA